CUCUAUGGGGCUCUAUGGGGCGCUGCGCGGUUCUGUGGGGUGCAGGAAGCGCCCAGAAGGGGGGGUUUGAGCCCAGACCCACAUGGCGGCGCGCUCGUCAGGCAGCACGCAGCGCCCGGCCCACGUUGUUCCUGUGGGGUCUGUGGGGCUCUAUGGGUCUCUAUGGAGUUCUGUGGGUCUCUAUGGGGUUCUAUGGGUUUCUAUGGGACUCUGUGACUCUCUAUGGGGUUGUGUGGGUCCCCACAGGGCACUGUGGGUCUCUAUGGGGUCCCUAUGGGUCUCUGUGGGGUUCUGUGGGUCUCUAUGGGAUUCUGUGACUCUCUAUGGGGUUGUGUGGGUCCCUAUGGGGCACUGUGGGUCUCUAUGAGUCUCUAUGGGGCCCUAUAGGGCUCUAUGGCUCUCUGUGGGUCUCUAUGGGUCUCUAUGGGGCUCUCACGCCUCCCGUGCCGCUCUGCCGUCCCAUCAGGCUGCCGCUGCUCUCCUGCCUGGCACCUGCGAUCUCCGCAGCCCACAGGAGAGCAGGAAACGGCCUCCAUGGGAGCUGGGAGCCGCUGGCAGAGGGCCGGGAUGGGGAUGUGGGGCGGCGAGGCGCCCCCAGGCGGCGGCGGUGCUGGGGACGGAGCAGCAGCUGGGCCUGGAGCUUUGCUGCGCUCUGAGCCGCCACCGCAGGCCUCGGCGUUUGCCGUCAGCGCCGCUCUGCGCCCGCAGGAGCCCUGAGCCGUGCGGAGGAGGCCGUGCGUCUCAGCAGGGAGCAGCGGGCGCCGCCGGACCCUGCGCAGCCAGCGCCGUGCCGCCAUCUGCAGACGCAGCCGUGCGUGGCCGCGCCGGGCGAGCGCUCGGCUGCCUUUCCUCCAUUCGGGGCGCCUGCGGCCGGCGGAAGGAGCUCUGCCAGCAGGGCUGCCAGCAACGCAGGGCGGGCAGCCGCGGGCCGACACGAUGGCGCCGGCAAAGGCAGCGCGGAAGCGCGGGGUCAGAGCUGGGGGUGCAGAGCUGGGGGUGCAGAGCUGCAGUUCAGAGCUGGGGGUGCAGAGCUGUGGAUGCAGAGCUGCGGGUGCAGAGCUGUGGGUGCAGAGCUGUGGGUGCAGAGCUGCAGUUCAGAGCUGCGGUUCAGAGCUGUGGGUGCAGAGCUGCAGUUCAGAGCUGUGCUUUCAGAGCUGCGGCUCUUCAUGCUCAGCCCAAAGCCCUGGCAGGCCGGCGUCCUGCUGUCGGUGUGAACAGGUUGCGCUGCAGCUGCAGUUCAGCUGAUCCCGGCGCUGGCCGUCCGUCCCAGGGGAGUCGAGCUCCAUUCCACAGCACUUUGGCUGCGCUGCCGCCAUUCCUGCCGCCAUGA